GCCGCUGUGUCCGCUCUCUGUGGGUCCUCUUUCUGUCCGGUUGCAAGCCCACAGGCAAGGUCACCGGAUAGGUAGGUGGAAGCUGCAGCUCAAUCCUCCCAGCUUUCGGGAGCAUUGAGGGACAAAUGCACUGAUGAGACCCGGGUAUGUCUGAGAUUUGGGGGAGAAAGGACGAAAGAGAAGGGCUAGCUUCAAUGACGUGCUUGUUCCCCGAACUCCCUAGGCUGGUGGCAGCAGGGAUGUCACUGCGGGGCGACAGUACUUCUCCGGAAGACUAACUUCACUGGCAGCAAAACUUUGUUCACGCUCUAGGCUCUGAAAGUUGCGAGCUGCCCCGGAGGUGGGGCAGAAGCCGCUCUGCUGUCGGGAGAAUCAAGGCUCUCAGCCAGCCCACGAACUUCAGAAAAUCUUAGUUUCUGUUCGGGACCUGGUUCUCAGGUGUUCUGGAGGCCGCGCCUCCCGCCCCUGGCCCUCCCCUUGGGAUCUAGCCCCAGGCCAUCCUCCUCCUCCCUCUCGUUCUUGGGCAGUCGCAGCUAAAAACUGGAGGCCCCAGGCUGAAUCUGCUCUCUGCUCUCCAACCUGUCUAGACUGAGCCAGGGAAGGCGAGCCCAGCGGGCGCUAUGCGCUCCUUCUGUUGCGGGAGUAGAUAAGUUUCCAUCGGAGUCUCUAGCACCGAGUCCCGGGGCUAGAUGGUGUCAUGGAGCCAUCCGGGGAGCAGCUGCAACGUUCCGGGGCCCCCAGCUCUACGCCUUCCGGAGAGCCCCCGCCCGUGGAGGGGCUGUCGGUCUCCGAGGUCCUCUGCGUGGAAGGUGGCACCUCGGAGACCCCGAUUGCUGACGCUCAACUCCAGGACACGUCUCUAUCGCCGCAGGAAGAGGCGGCUCUCUCGGAGCAGGAGGAGCUGCAGGAAUAUCGCCGCCCUCGUACACGCUCCUUCUCUUUGCCGGCCGACCCCAUCCUGCAGGCCGCCAAGCUCCUGCAGCAGCGGCAGCAGACCGGACAGCCAGGUCGGGAGGGUGUCGAGUUCCCGGCCGGGGACUGCUGCGCCAAGUGCAAGAAGCGCGUGCAGUUCGCAGACUCCCUGGGGUUGAGUUUGGCCAGCGUGAAGCACUUCAGUGAGGCGGAGGACCCGCAGGUGCCGCCCGCAGUGCUCUCACGUCUCCGCAGCUUCCCGCUGAGCGCCGAGGACCUGAAGCAGGUCGGGGGGUUUCUGGCGACGGCAAAGGUGCCCGCGUCCCUGUGGGUUCCUUGCGCCCAGCUCCGACCCCUCUUCCAGCUCCCGGGGCUGAGUGCUGUGGAGGAGCGCCUGCGGCGACAGCGAGUGUGUCUGGAGUCCGUGCAAUGCUCCCAACCGCCCGGUGCGGAGGUGACCGGCUCGGGUCGAGUGAUCAGCUGCCCCGGACCCAGGGCAGUGGUGGUGCGCUAUACCUUUACCGAGUGGCGCACCUUUCUGGACGUGCCGGCUGAGCUGCAUCCUGAGUCCCUGGAGCAGCCGCCUCCUGUACCUUCGGGACUCUCUGGACCAGGGGCUGAGGAUAGUGAGGAGGAGCCAGUCACAGAGCGUUUCUGCUUCUCGCUGGGUCUGCCACCAGGUCUGCAGCCCAAAGAAGGGGACGAUGCUGACGCUUGCGACGUCGCUAUCCAUUUUGCCAUCUGCUAUCGCUGCGAACAGGGCGAAUACUGGGAUAACAACGAGGGGGCCAACUACACCUUGCGCUAUGUGUGCUCCUCAGACCCGCUCUGAGUCCCGGAGCUUUGAGACAUGGAGAGAGGCUGACCAGCAUGCGAAGUUCAGCAAGGGCUCUCUGGGAACCUUGGCUGAGUGGCGCAGAUUUGGCAUUUAAACCAUAAACUCGCAGCACAGAUACACACACCAGCAAGCACAGUGGGUCUGGCAAUACUCUUUGGACUGACCUUUCUACUUGCGUUCUAGAACUCUCAGCCUGUAAUGGAAUAAGAAACACCCUAGUCCCCCAAGCAAACACUCUUUCCGAGAAAGGGGCUUUGGAACCCUGAACCAGGACCUGUGACCUUGGGAUUUGUUUCUAGUGAGAUGCCAUCCUUACAGCUUGAUGAAGACCUGCAGGGUAAGACAGGGCACCCCAACUCCCCGUGGGAAAGGAAAAACUUCGCUCGUGGAACCUUCACACCCAGGCUUGAUUCUCAGAAGGCUCUGUGGGUGCCGUUCAGCCUUUCCUUUUAACUGGGAUCUGGAGACAUCUUCCCAGACACAACACUAUUUUCUUCUGUGACUGGAUACAAAUGUGCUUUUAAAAAGUAAAGGCCACGUGUGCAUAAUUUCACUCUGUGCUUCCUGUUUUACCUUCUGAGGGCUUGGGUUUGGGGAGGCCUUGGCAAUCAGGGGAUGCUCAGCUGACGACAUGGACACGGGGACAAGCGUGAAACAACAGCAUUGAUACGUUUUCUCCCUGACGUGGAAGAGUCCAAGGUCCCCACACUGGGAAAAGGGGUCUUCAAGAUGCGCAAAAAGUGUCCUGUCCCUUGCCAUAGUAAAAUGUUGGAUGAAUUAAAAUGCCAAAGGCCUUGGCUGUGAGCUGCAAGAACCCAUCACAUUCGUCCCAAACCCUUUUGUACAGUAGAAUUCCUAAUAGCUCUGCCACUCUCUGGGCCAUUAGUAUUCAGAGAAGCUCAGCUCUUUCAGGCUGCACUCCAAGUACAGAGGCCGGGGACUGGACAGGUGGCUUCUUUCUCCUCCCAGAGGCACAAGGAUGAGUGGAAACUUGAUGGUAACAAAGCACACUUGCAAGUGCUGCUCAGAAACAAAUGGGGCACUCGGCAUAGCAGAGCCCUAGGCACGGGUGAGGGGACCUUCACUCACUGUAGAUGGCUCCCUGCGCUGAGACCUGUCCAUGUCUGAGUGAGAUUGCACUCUGAGUGAAGGCUCAGCUCCUUUCUUCCCACUUUUCCCGAGUAACUCAUUUUCUUUUAAAAAAACGUAUUCAAAGUGUCCUAUUUUCUAGCACGUGACUAGUAUAAUUAGUUUGGGCAUAGCAGAGUAAAGUUAAGGGGAAGAUGUUUUCAUAGUUCUACAGAUGGGUCAGCACAAUCACCAAAGACCAAACAUGGUCCAAAGUCUGUUUUCAUGGAACCAGAAACCUUAUACAUGACUUUCACAGGCUUAAAGUUUUAUUUUAAUUUUAAAGUAUUAUUUUGUGACAUGAAAAUUAUAUUAAAGCCAGAUAUAGUGGAACAUGCCAGUAACCCCUUGCAUCUGGAGGCUAAAGCAUGAUUGUCAAGAGUUUGAGGCCAGCUUUGAAGACCUAGAAAAACUAUAUCAAGCAAAAACCAAGGCUGAGUAUGGUGACCCAUCCCUGAAAUCCCAGGACUCUGGAAGCCUGAAUAGGAUGACCAUAGCUUGUUGGAGGCCAGCAGAAUGAGAUCUGGAUUAAAAACAAAACCACCCCAACAAACAAAGGAUCAUAUGGAAUUCAAACCUCACCGUGGUCCACAGGUAUUUAUUGGAUAGAGCCAUGAACUCACCCUGUGGAUGCUCUUCUGCACCUGCAGUGGAGUUAAGUAGAUGACAGUGUCAAACACUUCUUCUCUGGCCCUCUCUAGACAGCAUGCCAACCCUGCUUACUAUGUUUAAAGCUACACGCCGAGAAUUAUAAUUCACAAAACAGUUAACCUUUUAGUGACGAUUGCCAUUUAAAAUAGCAAGCAUGGUCUGAGUGUGGUGUUACACACCUAUAAUCCUUGCACUUGGGAGGCAGGUGGAUCUCUGUGAGUUCCAGAAAACCCAGGGAGUCACCACAGAGAGAUCCUGUCUCAAACACAAAACAAUACAAAAAAACCAAAAAUUUUUGUUGUUGUGGGGAUGAAACCAGGGUAUGUAUGUAUGUAUGUAUGUAUUUAUAUUUUAUUUUAUUUUGCAUCCCAGGCUUUCAUAUAUUAGGUUUAUAAAUUAGCAGGUCAGUAUCUCUAACACUGUGCUAUUUUUUAGCCCAUAAGAAACACUUUAAUAUAUUUACUUAUUAUUAUGAGCACGGAUGGUUUGCUGGCAGGUGUGUCUGUGCUCCACCUGUGUGCCUGGUACCCUUGGAAGCCAGAAGAGGUCAUGGGAUCCCCUGGAGCCAGAGUUACAGAUGGUUGUGAGCCACCAUGUGGGUGUUGGAGAUCAGCCCUGGAUCCUAUGGAAGAAAAGUCAGGGAUCUUAACUGCUGAACCAUCUCUUCAAU